AUGCCAUUCGAUAACAUUCCAGUACUUAUAAAAGGGUAUAUUUUGUAAAUUUACAAAACUAAAAAUCUACAUACAUAACAAAAAUAUCUAUAUAUUAUAAUAAAAUUUAAAAAAAUUUAGUACUCCACCAUUGAACACAAAUGUGUGUCACUACUACAACUAUUGGAAAUUGCUACUGUGUACAUUACUUUUGUAGAAAGUAGAUUUCUCUAAUAAUGUAUCAUUUGUUUUACUAAAGAUAUCGCCCAAAGUAGGGGAGUACCAAUACUUUUCUGACCCUCUGUAAUUAUUGCUCAAUAAUUGGCCAACAAAAGAAAAAACGCAUUAAGCUUUCAAUUAUAAUUAAUUUUCUUCAAACGAUAAAACCAACGUGAACUAAACAGGAUGAUAAUCCUUCCGAUCAUUCCGUUUAUUGUUAACCUGGUUUUUAGCUAGAAACGAGUUUUCUACGCGCCAGUCGAACGUACGUACAUGGCGAUAGCAUAAAUUGUGAACCUUAUCAUCGAGAAAAUUUCAGGUUUGAAGAUUAUGUCCACGUGAUAAAGCUCGCGACCACGUGCUACACAUACACUUUGCACUAUAAUAACAGGCAUAUUAACGUGACGUGGUCGUACUUUAGAUUAAACGAAGCAUGUCUGAUUGUGAGUUAUCUCUACGAAGACUACGCCAAAUAAAAAGAAAAAAAAAAGAAAUAUUAAUCUUGUCUAAUUCGAUCGGCAAGAUAGUAUUAGUACGUUUAUUUAUAUGACGCCGUCACAUAUAUAUUUUGUAUCUUGCAUUAUCAUUGAUCACUUUUGAAUCAAAUUUCGAAGCUGAAUCUUGCACAAUCAAGUCGAUUUGUUUCUUCUUCUUUCUUGCCGAAUAUUACACAGAUUCGUACUUACCGCGAGCAAUUUAACGAUCGUAUCGUGAAUUGCUGGUCGAAUAAUUGUUGAGAUAAUACAUUUCAUUGUGCCUGUGUGUUUGCCAUUAGCAAGUAAGCUGAAGGCUGAACAUUUAAAUACCGAGGAUGUAUAACUUAACGUUUGAUAAAGUUUAACUUUCUUACAUUUCGUACAUAAUGUUUGCAACGUUGCACUAGAAAUCUAUUCUGUCUAAAGCUAUUCGUUUCCAAAUCCACGGCCUUUGUCAGCUUCUACUUUGAUCAAAGGUAAGACGAUAAUUGUUUCAAUGCGCAUUAUUAUUGAAAUUACUAGAUUAUUUCGCUUGUACAAAUGUGUUAAAUUUUUAUCUUCCUAUGUUAGAUUGUCAUUGUUUUAUUGUCGAUACUAGUAACUGAAUUCUGUUAAUUAUAUUUAUAUUUGUAUGUUUUUUUUUUUUUUUAUGCUAGUAAGACACUGCAUCGAUAAGGAUUUCAAAAGUACGAUUUCUUUCUUCCUUUCGUUUGUAAACGUACUAUUUUUGUUCGGGCAUAACAAUUUUUUAUGUACAGUAACAAGCAUUUUCUACCGAUAACGAUAAUGCACAACAAGUGAGAACAAAGAGAACUUACAAUGCGUGCAAAUGAAUUAUUCGUGAAACACUUGAUGGUGUAAAGACUUUUUUUUUCGCGAAAUCGGAACAUAAUUUCUGCUUGCGAAUGUAAUGCGUUCACAUAAAUCCUUAAAUAACUGCUACAGAAAUAAUAUAAGUAAUAAUUAAAUUUUCCGCUUGAUUUGCAUUAAUACUACACACGCUAUAAGGAAUCAUUUAACUAUUUGUAAUUGCACGCGACGAAAACCAAGAAGGUGACUCCGUCGUAGAAAAUUAAUGAUUUUUUGAUCGUGCAUCAAAUGUCUGUCACACCACUAUAAUGUAUUAGUGUAUUUCUUAUUCAUUAUUCCUCCACAGAUUUAUGUAAUUGCAAGUUCAUAUCAGCAAAAAUGCAAUUACAAAUUCGCAUCAGCAGAUUGAUUAUUUUUUCGUAUCAUUAUCGAACGAUCUCUUUCGUGAAUAUCGUCUCUACGGAUCUACAAACCAUACGGGUGUAAAAAUUUACAAUCGCAUCGUGAUUGUACGAUGUUGCAAUCUUUUUCAAAACUCCGAAAAAAAAUCAUACAGAGUAACGAAAUUUUGAUGAAAAGAUAUUUUACACGAUAAUUAUUUUAUACAGAUACAAAAUAUUUUAAUGGACCAACGAGAUGAUAUAUAUUUUGGACAAUAGUUCGUUCAGUCGUAAUGAAAUCUUAAUUCUAAGAACAUUAAACUGAUAACAUAGCACUCGCUACCUUCUUUAUACGUAAAGCAUUAGUAUAUUAGUAUUUUCAUUAUGAAUGAUAGGCUGCAUGUGCAUGCUAUAUGCUGAAAUUUAAUCAAUUAGAAACAAUUAAUCAUAUUAUCAAAUGUAGUCAAUAUGAUCAUUAUAAUAUUAUAUAUUAAUUAUUAUAAAUUUGAUAAUUAUUAUACUUUUGAAAAGAUAAUAUUCUAAUAUUCGUUAUAUUCAAUACAACGCGUACAAGAAUAAUUAUUAUUUCGUAAAAAAAUUGAAAUUGUAAUUUCAGCGAAUGAUAAUUCUGUUCGCGAAGAUAAUGAUUGUCAUAAAGUUAUUUUCUUAAGGACUGUUACGUGUCUUGUAACUUGUUAUUUACAAUUAUUCUUGAACAUUUAUAUCGUAAUAUACCCACCACGGUAAUGCAUAUAAUGUUACGUGAAUAAAUCAAUUAAAACGAAUCAUGCCUGUAAAAAUUCAUUUCCAAGAAUAACUUAUCCGCCGUGUCAUUUACGCGCGUAAAAUUGUCUUGUAUGAAUGCUCUUGUCUUGUAAGAAUCUUGUUUUGAACAAAAUUUUACAGGUUUCAUUUCUUUUAUUUUUCGUACGUUCAUUCGUACAUCAAAUAAUGCAUAAAUAAGUUACUCUUAUCUUUGAAGAAUUAAACGAAGCAUGAGAUAAGAUUGAAAUAUUCCCUCGCCGGUGAAAUGAACAAGUUAUUACAGUAAAUCAAUUACAUAAACAAAAUGUGAAAACGCAAAUAUUAUCCACAUAUGAAAACGAUUUAGCUCCAUUAUUUAUACAGAUGUCACACUAUCUGAUAUAAAAGUUGAAUAAAUAUCAUUUGAUAAUAAAAAAGAAAAAAAAAAAAUUCAAGUCGUUCGUCUUGAUGCAUCGUUCUUUUAUUAAAGUGAAUUUUUGAAUAAUACUAAAUUUAACAAAAUAUCAACGAUAUAUUUUUGGAUGGAUGGACAAAGAAAUACAAGCCAGAAUUAUAAUUGACUGUAAUUAAUUAAUAUAGAACAUAAUUCUGCAGAAUUAUGAUGGAAUAUAGUUUUGGAGAAAAGCACUUUAUACAAUAUUUAAACUUGAAGUGCAAUGUAAAAUCAGAUAACAUGUGUCUCAUGUAAAUAUACAUAUGUACAUCAUCUUUAUGAAAAUGAUCGAAAUUUUGCUUGUACCAUUUUGCUUGAUCUAGCAAACAGGUAAUAUACAUGUGUGAUGAUUAAAUGAAAACAAACUAAGGAAGUGGGCAAGAGGAAUGACCCAACAGGAAAUUUCAUUUUCCUAUGCGUGUUACUUUAUAUCGUGACGUGAUGAUCCUGUUAAUUCCCACGAUAUCUGUUUACGUUUCUUAUUAUAAAAAAAAAAAAAUUCUAAUAUGGUUUUCCUUAUCAUCCGGCGUGUAACCACAUAAUGAAAGCCUACAAUACAAUACAUUCAGCAUGAACAUGGAAACGGGGACUUCCAUUUCAUACAAUUACAUGUGCAUAUACGGUAUCGAAUGGCAUCGAAAUCUAAUUGAGAAAUGAAUUCCAGAGAAAAAUAUGUCCCUUUGACGUGCGUUGUUCUCCUUUUUAAAAUCAUUUGCGCGUAGGCAAACAUGUCCAGUGUUUCGCUAACUGGUAUCAUAAUCGGUACAUCACUAUUAUUAAUUGCUUGUCACAUCGUGCCGUUACGAUAAGUAUUUAAACAGUGCAGACAUAAGUGUACUUCAGUUCAUCUCUGAACAGGUAUAAAAAAAUUCUAAAACGAUAAUAUUGGAAAUAGCACGAAACUGGAGAAAUAUUGCGCGUCCGACAUUCUCUCCUUCUAAAUUUCCUUUGAUAUAAACAAUAUUAAAAAUAAAUAUGUAUUAUUAUUAUUAAUUCCAAUAAUAUAUAUUAUUAUUUUAUAUUAUAAUUUCAUUAAUAUUAUUAAUAUUUUAUUAAUAUUUAUUAAUAUUUAUUAUAUUUAUUAUAUAAUUUUAUUAAUAUUUAUUAAUAAGUAAUAUUAUAAUAUUUUAUUAAUAUUUAUUAAUAUUUAUUAUAUUUAUUAUAUAAUUUUAUUAAUAAGUAAUAUAAUAUUUUAUUAAUAUUUAUUAAUAUUUAUUAUAUCUAUUAUAUAAUUUUAUUAAUAAGUAAUAUUAUAAUAUUUUAUUAAUAUUUAUUAAUACUUAUUAUAUAAUUUUUAUUAAUAUUAUUAAUAUUUAUUAAUAUUACCUAUAUAUAUAUAUAUAUAUAUGUACACUAAAAAUCAUUAUCGAUAAAAAAUAUUACUACAAUUGCUCUUCAUGCAAAAAACGUCACGUUAAGAUAUUUUAUCAUUGUUACAAGAUCUAUGUAAGAUACUGAUUUCUGUUAGAUCUCAUUAUCAGGAUAGACAUUUGAAAAUUUAUAUUCUGUAAACGCAAAAGAAAGUUAUAUAUCAUUCUAUCCGUUGAUGCUUUAUAAUCAUUAUAGCCAUUUACUCUUUAACUUAUGGCUGACCUAUUUGACAUCGUCAAAUGCAACUUACACCUUGAAAAUUCUUGUCGAUAACUGUGGGACACUGAUCUUGAUUUAAAAAACGUGAAAAACAUUUAUCAAAUGUCAUUAUCGUUUAUUCAAAUUAAACGAUCAUACUUAUAAUAAUUCAUGGAAGAUUUGUAUUGAUUUCAGAUUGAACAUGACCAAUAUGAUUUCGUUCAACAGUCGCAAAAGUUUCUCUUCGAUGUAUAUGAUUUUGGCUUUGGUUGCAAUAAUCGGCGUCACAGCUAUUCAAGCAGAGAUCAAACUAGUGAAUGUGAUAUUCCGACAUGGCGAUAGAACACCCGACGCCAUUGACGAUGAGAAAUAUCCGAACGACCCUUACUUGAAUUGUUCUUAUUAUCCAAUGGGUCGUGGCCAAUUGACCAACUCGGGUAAAAUGCGAGAAUACACACUGGGACGAUUCUUGAGGGAGAGGUAUGGAGACUUCUUGGGAGAGCUCUAUGUACCUGAAGAAAUCUCAGCUCUUAGCUCGGAUUACGACAGAACGAAAAUGUCUUUGCAAUUAGUUCUCGCUGGACUUUUCCCGCCGAAUGAUACUAUAGAGCGUUGGAAUCAGAAUCUGAAUUGGCAGCCAAUCCCCGCGAAAUACCUGCGACGAUACGAAGACAACCUCUUUCUACCGGAGGAUUGCCUUUUAUUUUCAGUUGAAUACAACAGAGUGUUGCAAUCGCCGGAAGGGAAACAAGAACUGGAAAAUUAUAGCGGAUUUAUGAAACAAUUGACAGAGUGGACUGGGAAAAACAUAUCCACAGCAUGGGAUAUGUAUUACCUGUACCACACGCUAAUGGCCGAAUCCUCUUAUGGUUUUGUUUUGCCAAAUUGGACACACGGUAUAUUCCCAUACGGAGAAUUAUGGAACGCAACAGUGUUUUCAUACGAAAUCGCCAAUUCGACUCCUCUGUUGAGAAGACUAUAUGGAGGCCCGUUUAUCCGAAUCAUUACAAGGUAUAUGUUGAAUCAUAUAAACGGCGUGAAAGAAGAUCAAGGAGAAAAAAUGAACUUAUUCAGUGGACACGAAAGCAACGUCGCCGCCGUUUUAUUCGCUCUCGGAUUGUAUUAUCCGCACGUUCCUGAAUAUUCAAGCUCAGUUAUAUUGGAACUUCAUCAGAUCGAUAACAGUUGGUACGUGAAGGUGGUUUACUACGUGGGCAUUCCAUCCGAAGGAAAUGAACUCCAACUACCUAACUGUGAUAUACUCUGCCCUCUCGACAAGUUCUUGCAAUUAAUCGAAGAUGUGACGCCAUCGAAUGAGGAAAUGAUUUGUGAUAAAGGCCUGUCGGAUGCAUUUGUAGAUAAGAAGACAAUCGAAGAAUUAGAUCUAUUGAAAUACAAUCUGAUAAAGACUGCAGGAGUCAUUGAAAAAACAUGGGUGUCGCUUGGAUUUUUAGGAUCAUGGUUUGCAUCCUUUAUUGUCAAAUGUCUUUUGCCGAGGUAAAACUCGUACAAACAGUAUUCAGACAUGGAAACAGGAUGCCAUCGGGGAUCAAUUACUAUCCGAACGAUCCUUACGUUAACUGCACCUACGAACCAGCAGGGCCAGGAGGUUUAACUAACGUCGGUAAACUGGCUUUAUAUAAACUCGGCCAAUAUUUCCGCGAAAGAUACAACCAAUUCUUAGGAGAGAUUUACAUGUCGAAAGAUGUUUGGUUCCGCGCCGACGAAGUAGAAAGAGUAAUCAUGAGCGGACAACUCGUGGCAGCUGGACUAUACCCGCCAAACAAAAAGCAAAGAUGGGAACCUGAUUUAAAUUGGCAACCCAUACCAAUAUGGACGUUGCCAGCAUCGAUCGACUGCCUCUAUAAUGGCCAAUUUUCUGCGAAUUUUCGUGCAUGGAGAAACGACGUGGAGAGAACAGAUGCGGCACUAAUUGAAUUUGAAAAACAGCAUACAGACGUUUACAGAUAUCUGUCGAAACACACAGGUGGUAAUAUUACACAAUCCAGAACGAUCAAUUUGCGUCAGUACCUGUUUGCACAGAAAGAUAUUGGUUUGAAAUUACCAAAGUGGACAGAAUCUGUCUUUCCUCACGGGAAGCUAGAUAAAUUAGCUGUACAUGAUAUUUACAUUCGGACUCGUACUCCGCAAAUGAAGCAAUUACUAGCUGGUAAAUCUCACAAUUUUCUUUUUUUCCUCAUUAUCAUCUAUUUCUCUUAUUUCCUCUUGUCGAAAGAAAAUUUCGAAGAAAAAAAAGAAGAAGAAGAAUGUAACUCUGAUGGAGAGUUUUACUUGACAGGAAUGUGGAUUCGCGAAUGGUUGAGGCAUAUUGAUGAUCAUUUGAAUAAGAACGAUACGCGAAAAGCGUUUAUGUACGCGUCGCACGACCUAAAUAUCGCUUAUAUACUCGUAGCAUUGGAUAAUUUUGACGACGAGAUUCCUCACUAUGGUAGUUGCCUGAUGUUCGAAUUACAUGAAGAGGACAACGAAUAUUACGUACAGGUGCUUUAUAGAAACAACGGAAAUGUUCGUACACUCAAGUUUCCUAAUUGCGAUGGCAAAAUGUGUCCAUUGGAGGAAUUCAAAAAAUUUGUAACACCCGUGACACCGACAAACCCGAAAGCAAUAUGUGGAUAG